AAAUAUUCCUGUAAAGUAUUGCAAUUAAUAAUGGCACAAGUAACAUUUUUAGAUAAGUUACUUCAAGAAUAUUUGGUAUUUAGAGGAUUUUCGAAUACUAUAAAAGCUUUAGACAAUGAGCAAAGAAAUGAAAAGGAUCAAUCAUUUCGAGCUGAAAAAAUUCUGGAACAAUUCAAUCAACAUAUACAAACCCACGAUUUGCAGGCGUUGUUAACAUUGUGGAAACAUUUGGACACUCAUUUAUUUAGUAAACUUGAACAUACUUAUGCUAUGGCUGUAAAAAAGCUGGAAAAUAGUUUAUUGAAACUAUACUUGGUAACGGCCUACAACCAUAAUAAAACAGAGAAAAUUUCAGAAUUCUUUACGAAAUUAGCUGGAGAAUUGCAACAACAAAGCGAAUGGAAAGAUUGGUUUUAUUUUCCCUUCUGCCGCAAUGCUGAAGAAUCGCCCACUUUUUCUCUAUACUUCAGCAAACAGUGGUAUGACACACUGCAAUUGUCUUUACGCAAUUUCUUGGCUACGGUCUAUCAGUGUUUGCCUCAACCCACUUUCGUUCGAGUGGAACAAGAAGCUGCCCUUAUACGUCGUUUACAGGAAGAGAAUGCCUUGCUCAAGUCUCGUCUUCAACAAGCACUCCAACAACAACAGCAACUUUCAGCCUCUAUAAGUUCUCAAAAUCUAAACGUAUCUUCAAGCGCCUCUGUGGGUGAUCAUGCGACUAAACGUCACUCUUCAUGUCGUCCUCAACAGAGUUUAAGUGACAUCUUACCGUUUGACAUUAGUCCGCCCGGGCAUGUGGUUGACGAUUUUUGUAUUAUUGCUACUGAAGUGAAUAGUGUUUCACAGGCUAGUGAUGCCCAAUCACGUGGUUUAAAAAUGCUUAUACGUAACAUUGGUAGUGGAGGUUCUCCCGUAAUGGGUCGUAAAGAUAAUGUGGCUGACAAAUCGUCGAAACGGCGUUCUGGUAGUGUGGGUAGGAAUUGGAUGUAAUAUGUUUUUGCAUAACUAUUAUUAUAACCCUUUUUUGCAUAUUGUAUAAUUCAUUCCUAAUUUUAUUAUUUUUAAGGUACAUAUUCAUAUUUGAACUAUUGUUUUCCAAAAUGUUGUGUUUAUUUCGUUUUGAUGACAAAAAGUCUAUUACAUUUUGACAAAAUUUAUAAAUAUAUAUUUUUUUUAUUUAUAUAAAAUAA